CAUGCGUGUCUUUCCAAACAAAAAAAAAAUAAAUAAAUUAUGGAAAAAAGAACAAUAAGAAGAUAAUGGUAAUGAGGAAGGCCCACGUGAUUAGAUUGGAGAAUAGAUAUUUAUAAUGGCUAAGGAAAGUCCAACGUCAAUGUUGAGAUGGCCGAGUUGGUCUAAGGCGCCAGAUUAAGGUUCUGGUCCGAAAGGGCGUGGGUUCAAAUCCCACUCUCAACAUUUCCCUUUUUCCAAAUCGGACGGUUGACAUUCCUCCAUCAUAUAACGCCUAUCAAAUUCAAUUUUUUUUUUACUUUUUUUGUCACUUUCUAAAUCGGACGGAUGAGAUUCCUCCAUCAUAUCAGACCCUUUUUUUUCCAACGGUAGAGAUUCCUCCAUCAAAUCUGGCCUAUCACAUUCUAUUUUUUUGCCCCCUUUUGUUUUUUCCUCUUUCUAAAUCGUACGGUAAAGAUGUCUCCAUCAUAUUUGAAAUCACAUUCAAAAUUUUCAACAUUCACUGACCCCGCGCUCGCUCCCUCUCCCUUCCCAAGUUGAAACCCAGACGAAGAAAACCCUAAAAAUCAGAGCAAUUUGCUGAGGGAGAUCAAUCAAUCAAGCGACGAAAUGGCUCAAGCCGCCAGACUCAGCCUUCGGAUGCAGAAGGAGCUCAAGCUUCUCCUCUCCGACCCCCCUCCUGGCGCGUCCUUUCCACUUCUUUCCUCCUCCUCCUCUCUCUCAUCCAUUGAUGCCUUGAUUAAAGGCCCAGAAGGAACUGUUUAUGCUGAAGGGUUCUUUAAGAUAAAAAUUCAAAUACCUGAAAGGUAUCCAUUUCAGCCUCCAAUUGUGACCUUCGCUACUCCCAUCUACCACCCCAAUAUCGACAAUGGAGGCCGGAUUUGCCUUGACAUUCUCAACCUUCCCCCGAAGGGUGCAUGGCAGCCAUCUUUGAACAUUUCAACUGUGCUAACUAGCAUUGGUUUGUUACUGAGUGAACCAAACCCUGAUGAUGGCCUAAUGUGUGAAGCAAGCAAGGAGUACAAAUAUAAUCGACAAGCUUUUGACCAGAAGGCACGAUCUAUGACCCAGAAAUAUGCAAGGGCUGAAGAAAAUGGAAAUGAUAGUGGCAGCCCAAGCAUUCAUUCCCACUCUCCAAGCAUGAUGGAGGCUAAGGGGCCAGAUGACUUGCAGUGUGAAGUUAAUGAAUGCGUUGUAAGUCGUAAAAAGCUAUGUGGGAUCAGCCGAAAGCUGUCGCUGGAGUCUUCUAUGUUGAAUACAAAAAACGGUAGUGAUAAAGGAGAGAAUGGGAUUCCUAUUCAUCACCUUAUAGACCAGAUCAAAGUUAAAGGACAGAAAGAAGUGUCAGAAAAAAAGAUCCAUGAGUAUAAUCGGAAUUGUGAGAAGCUAAGUGGGACCAGGCGGAAAUUAUCUUUGGAACCUUUGGGUGCAUCCCUGAUGAGAGGUGAUGUUAACAAGGAAAAUGUGGUUUUAGAUCAGCAUUCAUUCUUUUUGAACCCUGAAAGUGUUUCUGUGGUUUCUUCAGGCUCGUUGCCAUUGCUGCAGGUUAGCAACCAGUAUGAGCAACAAUCUCAUCAAGAUAGAGAUAGUGAAUCAAUAAAUGAGAGUACAAACACAAGUGUGAAGAAGCUCUGUCGUGUUGGCCAAAAGCCGUGUAUAGAAUCUUUACAUCCUCCCCAAAUAAGUGCUGAUAGUGAUGAUAACCUGCAGGCAAUGCCUCAACUGUCACCCUCCCAGUCCAAUUCUAGUGUGUCUCAUGGAUCCUUGCCAAUGCCACGGGAUAUUGACAACGAACUACAGCUUUACCAGGUUCCUUUAUAUAGAACUGAAAAUGGUUCCCCAAACAUAAAACGUAAGAAGCUUGGUUUGGCUGGUAAGAAGCUUUCUUUGGGAUCAUUGCAGUGUCAGGAAAAGGAUAACAAAGAGAAUGUGGCUCCAAUUCAAAGAUUACCCAUUUCACAACCCAACAGCCUUUCUACCUCAUCAGCCAUGUCAUCACUGACGAUGUCACAAAUGAGUGUGUGUCACAAAGGAGAAGCAGGGAGCUGCAGCAAAAAUAUGGCAUAUAGGAUGCAUGGGAUUGGCGGCAAGCUGCCAUUGGAACCUCUGUGCCAAUUGCAAGGGUCCUGUAGUGGUGACAACACAAUGAACAUGCACACUGAGAACCAAACUAGAACUCCAUCCAAGUCUUUGCCUAUGCUAUAUGACUGCAGACGUGAUGAGAAGCAGCAGAGUAAGCAAGGUCAUGGUGAGAGAGAGGCUGGAGCAACCAAACAAGGGGGAGACGGAUCACCAAUAUCUGACACAGUGAUUGUUUUAGACAGUGAAGAUAGUGAGGAGGAAAAUAAUGGAUCUUUGAAGCCUAAAUUGUUGCUUGCACGAAAACGCUUGCCAGGUAAAUGGAAAGUUAAAGCUUGAAACUUGGAACAGUUUGCAAUUCAGCUGUUAAAUUCUCUUGUUGGUCUAACUAGUAGGGUUCCAAAGAAAUGGAUUUUGGCUUUCAAUAAUUUAGGAUUUAAACUUGAGAACAUUUUUGAAUGAAAUAGUUGAUACUUCAUGCUGGAGUUGCUCUUUCAUUUUGUAAUAUGAUUGGCGAUUCAGUGAACUUGAGGUCUACCUGUUAUUACAAUACUUGAGAUUAACUGUAAUUUUGUUCUUAACCUGAGGUCUACCUGGAUUGAGAUUUUAAGUAUCUUUAAACUUGAUCUUAUGUUGGAGCUCAAUGUAUAAUAAAAUUUGAAUUAGACUUUAACUCAGCUUCAUCUUCAAUAUCUAUAGAAAAGGAAAAAACUACUACGUACCUCACAUUGAAUGUGUAUAUUGACCCACGAUUUAUGAGGCAAGAGACACGUAGCUCUCCUGAUAAACUUCUUUUGUCAACGAAAUACUGGCAUUAGUUGUGCAUGUGCUUUGCAAAUAGUGGCAUUAGUAGUGAUGUCCUUGUGCAAUUUACUGGAUGAAAAUAUAUUUUUUAAGAUAACAAAAUUUAAAUGAGUUUAUAAUAUAUAGGGUAAAGUGAAAAAAAAAAAAAAAUCUCUUGAAUUAUGUCCGAAUUUGCAAAU